UACGGCACCUGUGGAAUGUGGGAUUGGGUAACCAGGAGGACUCUACUCCUGGUAAACUUUAAUCGGUGUGGCCAACAAGUGAGGUAGACGGUGGUAUACCCACCAGAAAAGGAAAAGAGUUUGUGGGUGUUACAAUAACAAAGUGACGGGUUCUUGUGAAGGCGGGAGUGAAGAAGGGAAGAGUCACCGAGGCAAAUUCCUUCUUAGUAAAUGGGCGUGGAAGUGUCAUGACUAUUUCUCUUCCUGCCAUAAAAACAGAAACAUGAAACUAGAUUUUCACGGUGACGCCAAGGCAAGCUGUCUGCUGGGAUUCGCUUGAGCAGAGCGGAAACACCUGAACUUCAACGGAUUUGAAGGAGAAACGAGGAUUUUGGUCUUUUUUGUGGACGAACUGAGUUUCUACUGACAAACGGAUUCAAGUCAAUCAGAAAUGUCAUCUGGAGCAACCAAAGAGGAGAUCCUGCCUCUGAACAUCGUGCCCGGACAGGGGGACAAGGAGACCACUGCUGAAAGCUGCAAACCUUCCCCAGUCCGGAAGAUGAUCUCCAACUUGCGGAAUGACAGGACUCACAGGGUCCUGGCCAUCAUGAGCAUCAUCUGUGGCGUUUCCUGCAUCGGAAUCAAAGCUCUGAUAAGUUCAGUCAAGGCUGGGGAAACGACAGACAUUGAAGCUGCUAAAAAGCUUUCCAAGGAGGCAAAAAAGUUCGGCAUCAUCUCCAUUGUUACUCUGUUCGCCAUUUUCGUCUGUACUUUCAGUCUUCUGGCGCUGGUCUCGUAUCUGCUCACUCUGGACAACUGAUGCACCUGGAAGUCUCUUGUGGAGACGGUUUACUGUGAGGAUGGACAAGACAGCGCUGCUGCUGGAAGUUACAUGACUUGAAAGGACCACGUGUCUCAGUUUACAAAGAUUUAGUUACUUUUUUCUUGCAGUCACUACUAAACGCUUGAGGACCUUUUACAGCAGCCUGCAUUUUUUGGAAUCCUGCUGAAACACUCCUGCCACGAUUGGGCUUAAGCAGGGCGCCGUGGAAAGCAUGCGGGACAGCGAGCCGCGAGGAUCAGGGUUGGGAAAACAUGGAUGUAAUAUUUAUUAAAGCAAAUGGUAAAGCUAUAAAAGACAGAGGUUAGAAGUUUUUACCUACUUUUGUUUAGCAGAAGCAACAACCACCCACAAGAUAAUAACAAAAAAAAAGUCAAAGGAUGCAGAACUCUAACAAUCCUCUGAAUUUUUAAAAAAUAUCAACACAUUUUAGAAGAAAUCAACCGAAAAGGACGGAAAACUUUCUAAAAAUAAACCAGAACAGUCAUCAUUACCAGAUUUUAUUAAAAUGUAAAAUACUCAUUGCCACUAAAGGUACUUUAAAAUACUAUCAAAUGUGUUUACUAAGCCUAAGCAUAUUACAGCACUUUGGGUUUUUUUUACUAAAAAACACAACAGCAGAGAUUAUAACCAACAAGAUGAGUUUUUAAAGUGCCAGAAUUACCUUGACAUUAUUGCAUUGUUACUAUACGUUUAUUGUCAAAUUAUAUACAGUGUUGUACUUUUAUACAAACAUACAAAAUGUCUUUUUGUGAUAAAAUGUUUGAAAAUGUU